UACCCAGCAUGCACCAGCACUGUCAUCCUCGUUUGUAAUCAUAAAUUUUGUAAAUUUUUAACAAAAUAAUGACUUUAUUUUCAUUUUAUAUUGACAGAAUACAAUAUCAAAUAUACUUAAAAUCAAAUAUUUCAUAAAAUGUAUCUUUGCAAUACCACAGUCAACAACUUAAGAUAACUUUCUUCAUUUGUCUGCGGAUGAGGAUUGUCAUUUUCGUUCAGGAUGGCCUCCGUUAACGUUAGCCUGGAUGAUAUAGAUUUGUCUAGUCUCCGAGACCCUGCUGGAAUUUUUGAUUUGGUUGAAGUGGUUGGAAAUGGAACUUAUGGACAAGUUUACAAGGGUCGCCAUACAAAAACAGGACAGCUGGCAGCCAUCAAAGUUAUGAAUGUUAACGAGGAUGAAGAAGAAGAAAUUAAAUUAGAAAUAAAUGUUUUAAAGAAAUAUUCCAACCAUAGAAAUAUUGCUACAUAUUAUGGGGCAUUUAUAAAGAAAAGCCCUCCUGGCAAGGACGACCAGUUAUGGCUGGUAAUGGAGUUUUGUGGAGCAGGAUCAGUAACAGAUUUAGUGAAAGCAACAAAGGGUAACACAUUAAGAGAAGAAUGGAUUGCUUAUGUUGCAAGGGAAAUACUCAGGGGUUUAGCACAUCUUCACCAGAACAAAGUCAUCCAUCGUGAUAUUAAAGGACAGAAUGUUUUAUUAACAGAUAAUGCUGAAGUCAAACUAGUUGAUUUUGGCGUCAGUGCUCAACUUGACAAAACCAUUGGCAGGAGGAACACAUUUAUUGGAACCCCAUACUGGAUGGCUCCAGAAGUGAUAGCCUGUGAUGAGAAUUCGGAAGCUACUUAUGACAAUAGGAGUGAUUUAUGGUCAUUAGGGAUAACUGCAAUAGAAAUGGCUGAAGGCAAGCCACCACUCUGUGAUAUGCAUCCAAUGCGAGCCUUAUUUUUGAUUCCCAGAAACCCUCCACCUAGAUUAAAAUCCUCUAAGUGGUCAUCAAGAUUUCAGAAUUUUGUAGAAACUUGUUUAAUAAAAGAUUACACCCAGAGGCCAAAUACAGAAAACCUGCUAAAACAUCCAUACAUUAAAGAUCAACCAACCGAGAGACAAGUCAGAAUACAACUUAAAGAUCAUAUAGAUAGGCAUAAAAAGAAUAGAAGAUCUGAUGACCAUGAUACUGAAUAUGAGUACGAGGGAAGUGAUAAUGAAGAAGAGGAAGACAAUACCACACCUGGGGAACCAAGUUCAAUAUUACAAAUACCAGGGGAAUCAACAUUAAAACGUAACUUCCAGCUUAUACAACAGAGAGAAGGUCAACCUGGGGCCAAGCCCACGGCACCACCACAACAGGCCCCUAAUCACCAAAACAGAGCUCAAAGACCUCAACAACAACAACAUAGACCACCAUCAUCUCAUCAGGGAUGGCCAGUUUCUAGUCACUUCCAAGCUCAGCCAGUCAGUCAACAACAACAGAAACAAGUCCCUAGACAGUCCCAUGUUAUAGUUUCAGGACGUUUCAUAGAAGAGGAAGAGGAGCAGAAUGAGGAACCAGAUUCAGAGCAGAGACCAUUAAGUGCUGGUCAUAAACCACAGGGUGACCCAAGGAAUCAAAUGUACAAAGGACAUGUUAAAAAACCAGAGGAUUUGGAUGUGCUAGCUGCCCAUUUAAAUGAGCUAGGAGCUGAUGACAAACCAACCACGACAGUUCUUAUUGAGGAUGACAGAUCAGAUGAUGAGGAAGAGGAGGUAGUCAACCGUGACGGUACACUUUUAGCUUCUGAGCCAGCUCGUCCGUUACCACCUGGUAAUUACAGUAAGGACACAUUAGAAACACUUUCUUCUAUGGUUGAUGACAACACAUUACAAUCUAUGAUUAUACAUGAUGUUAUACAUGAUGAUGAUCAAAAUGGUAGUCCAAACCUGAAAAAUAAAGAUCACAGUAGAAAAAAGGAAGAUGAUGAUACAUUGGUUGUACGAAGGCAUUUAAGAUCGUUUAGUUGGUUUAAGAACAAGUCUGACACAGCUUUUGUGGAACAACAUCAUGAACGAAAUAGAAAGAGUGAAGCUGUUCAUAGAUCAAAGCCACCUCUUGUCAAAACAACAUCCAAUUCUUCUGCACCUGGUGCAAUUAGUGCUUUCCAGUCCCCACGGCAUAGUGCUAGCAGUGGAGCAUUACCAGACUUACUGCCACCUCACACACCCCCACAGUCACGAUCCCCACCCACACCACAGAGACCACAAGACAAAUCCAGUUCAGAUGAGGUAAGCAAAAUGGAGUAUCGACAGGCUGUCAGUCUGUCAAGUCAAUCAAUAAGACACCAGAGAUCUUUCUCAGCUUUCGGUUUCGGCGCUGGUGGUUCAACAAUUGGUUCACAAGCAUCUCGACGUGGUUCCUCUCAAAUCAAUGUUAAUGUGACCCCGACACAAACAACAACUGAAGCUGUUGGUGAUACUCCUGAAAUUAGGAAAUACAAGAAAAAGUUUACAUCAGAUAUACUCUGUGCUGCAUUAUGGGGUGUGAACCUGUUGAUUGGUACAGAAGCUGGUUUAAUGUUGCUAGACAGAAGUGGUCAAGGAAAAGUGUACACAUUGAUUUCCCGAAGAAGAUUCCAACAGAUGGAGGUUUUAGAAGGUCAAAAUAUACUAGUCACAAUCUCCGGGAAGAAAAACAAGAUUCGAGUGUUUUAUCUUUCGUGGUUAAAUAACAAGAUAUUUAAGAAAGAAGUGAAUGAGAAAAGAGCAGGAUGGGUCAAUGUUGGAGAGUUGGAAGGAUGUGUUCAUUUUAAAAUAGUAAAAUAUGAGAAGAUCAAGUUUUUAGUGAUAGCUUUACUGGACAGUAUAGAGAUAUAUGCCUGGGCACCAAAACCUUACCACAAGUUCAUGGCAUUUAAGUCAUUUACAGACUUAGCUAAUAAACCACAGAUAGUUGACCUCUUAGUAGAAGAAGGUCAAAGAUUAAAGGUCGUAUAUGGAUCAAAUUGUGGAUUCCAUGCUAUAGACGUGGAUACAACAUCAAUAUACGACUUAUACAUUCCCUCACACUUCCGUGGAAAUACAGACACUACCCAACAUACAGGUGUAUCUUUUUAUGUAAACCAGACUCAACUUCCCAUCACUCCUCACACCAUAGUAGUGUUACCCAACUCCAAUCAGAUGCAGCUAUUACUAUGUUACGACAAUGAGGGAGUAUAUGUAGAUACUGGCGGAAGAAUAUCAAAGAAUGUGAUAUUGCAGUGGGGAGAAUUACCUACAUCUGUUGCCUACAUUAGUACUGGCCAGGUAAUGGGAUGGGGUAACAAAGCUAUUGAGAUUCGAGCAGCUGAAACUGGACAUUUGGAUGGAGUCUUUAUGCAUAAAAAGGCCCAGAAAUUAAAAUUCUUAUGUGAGAGGAAUGAUAAAGUAUUUUUCUCCUCCAUGCGAUCAGGAUCUUCAUGUCAGAUCUACUUUAUGACAUUAAGUAAGCCAGGCCUUGCUAAUUGGUGAUGUCUCAUUGCUGUACCAUUGCAUAAUAACCAUUGUAUGACUGUAUCGUGUUGCCAUCCUUUGAUUCUGUUUAUGUUCGUAUGGAAGAAAGAUUGGAUGAGGAAUAUUCAAUUUAAAUGUUCACAAGCUUUAAAUGACAGAAUUUAAAGUGAGAAUUAUUUUUCGAUCUCAUCUGUUCGUUUGUUCGCAUCAGAUAGAAUAAAGGUAUUUUGAAGAACAUGAACUUUUAAUGACCUGACUUGAAAAGAAUGGACAAGGAGACAAUUAAAUGAUUAAAUUCUUUGCCUUUAAAAAAGGAGAAACAAUACAACAAGCAAAAGUGCCAAAAAUUGACUAUUUGUAAAUAUUAUAGUUUUACAUAGGCACUCAAAACCACAAAUAUGGUUAAAUGUAAUAUAUACUAUUUUGAAUUGUUUGUAUUUUACAAACUUUUGAAAUGACCAUUCAGAAGGCAUUACACAUGAUUAGACUGCAUUGUUAAGAAUCAGGUUUUAAUGUUCUAGGUUAUUAUUUGAAAUACUCAUUUAUUUUGCUAGGUUUAUGUUUUAAUUGAAGAAAAAAUUUGCCUUCAUUAUUGCAAUAGUAAAGGGAAAAAAUCAUGAAAAAAAUGCAAAAAUGGUAUACAUGCUUUUGAAAUAUCUUAAGAAAAAUUAUAUAAUUUCAUAUUUAAUAGUUUAAAAACAAAUCAGGAAACAUAGGAAAAUUCAGAAAAAGAAAAAAAGAAAAUUCUACAUUUUGAUUUUAAUAUGAACUAAGAAAUGUUUCCUUUGACAAGAUCAGUUGUUCAGAAUCAGUAGAACUUAAUAAAGUGAUAAUCCUUAAUUAAUACACCUGUAAAGAAAACAAUCAGUACAUAUAAAGUAAAGAGGUCAGGGUAUAUUGUAUUGCUUCAUAAUAUACUAUAUAUUUAUUUUAGAAUGCAUUCUGUUUUGUAUGUUUCUUUUGAUCUCAAUUGUAUUGAUCGACAUGUGAUUGGUUAUAAUAAGGUCACAUUUGACUUAACUUCAGUAACAUUGAAAAAGAUUUUCAGGUGAAUUCAGGUUACUUGAUAGGAAGUGAUAAAACUUGAUAAUAUUUUGCUCACAAUUUUUUGAGAUAAUUAGUGAUGUAAAAAAAAUAUUUAGGAGAAAAAAGGAACAGAAAAAUGGAUGCAUUUUGUACAAAGAAAUGUAAAAAUGUCUAUAAAACCAGUAUUUAAUAAUAUAUCACUUCAUAUUUUUGUAAACAUUCUAGUCAUAUUGUAUGCAAUACGACCAAAUAUUUAAAAUGAAAAUAAACAAAUGUUAGCUUUGUUCUUACUUUAUACUUAGUUAAAAAUUAAGUGAACCAUUGAUGUACAGAAAUUUACAUAGGUUUUUGAGAAAAAAAUGAGUUCAUUUGUAGAACAUUUCUUGUUCAGUUGAUACUUUUUUUCUUACCCGAUAUACUCUGGAUUUUAUAAAGUGUAAUAUUCAAUUGGUUUUAUUCAAAUGGUUUUUAUUUAUUAAGGACAAAUUUGGACUAGUUUUACUUGUGUAUAAUUAGAAGAUUCUGUGGAGUUCAGAAUUAUUGUUGAAAGUUUUAUUUGUAACAGAAUGGAAGAAAAUUUUAUGAGGUUUUAAUUGUUAAGUGUAUUGUAUUUUAUUAAGAUUUUUGUAGACAUCGUUGAUAGACUAUAUAAAGAUCUGAUUAAUUAACCUUACAGGGGUCACAUGACUUUUGACUAAGUGUAGAUUUUUGUUUUAAGAUAUAUCUGUUACAAAAUGCUCAAUCAUAGGAGGGAAAUCCCCAGACGAACAAACAUGUUCUCAAUCCUCCACAAUGAGUGAAAAAAAAUUCUUCAAAAUAUCUGUCUAAUUUAUUUAUAAGAACAUUUAUCCAAGGUUGUCAACAGUAUCCCAUAAUUGAAAGCAACAUCAUCUGCAAAAUAUCUGUGGAAUUGAUAUUCAAUUAUAUUUGUAAAAAGGUUCAUUUUUUCAUGACAAUCUAUUUUUUUAUUGUUUUUAACCUAAACUCGGUUCUGCCUAACAUUAAAAAAUUUACUCGGCCAAAAAAAUAACAUUAUACUAUGCAAUUUUAAAAUCCUUAAUGCUGUUGCCAGACCUUUACUUUCUGAAAGUUUUUUGUUGUUAUUUUAUUUCCAUUAAAUUUGACUUACAAAGUCAUUGUAGCUCAUGCUUAUGAGAAAGUGCAAUUUUACAAGAUAAUAAAUCUGAGUUUCUUAUA